AUGGCGCCGGUGGGCGGGGGCGGCGGGCCGGCCCGAGGGCGCCUCCUUCUGGCGGUGGCGCUGCAGCUGCUGUGGUGGACGCGGGGGUCGGGCGGCCAGGGGGGCGCCGACCCCGUCCAGCCUGAGCCCGGCGCGGGCGCGGGCGCGGGCGCCGCCGUGCUGGGCAUGCGGCUGGUGAGCUGCAGCAAGACGUGCGGGCUGGACCCGAAGGGCACCAUCUUCGUGUCGGAGGGCAGCACGGUGCUGCUGCGCCUGUACGGCCGCGGGCUGAGCUCCAUGUCCAAGCAGCUCGUCUCCUUCACCGAGCUGGACAGCUACGAGCCGCCGCGCAACGCGUCGCACUGCCCCGAGCUCACGCAGGACCUGGUGGUGCAGCAGCUGGCCAACGUGAGCCGCGGCGACACGUCCGGGAUGCUCGUGGUGCUCACCCGGUUCCUGCGGCGCCGCGAGAGCACCAAGCUGUACGCGCUGUGCACCCGGGCGCGGGCCGACGGGCCCUGGCGGCGCUGGGCGGACCGGGACUCGCUGCUCUACAUGGUGGAGGAGGCCGGCCGCUUCCUGCCGCUCUGGCUGCACGUCGUCCUCAUCCUGGUGCUGCUCGUGCUCUCGGGCAUCUUCUCCGGCCUCAACCUGGGCCUCAUGGCCCUCGACCCCAUGGAGCUGCGCAUCGUGCAGAACUGCGGCACCCAGAAGGAGCGGCGCUACGCCCGCAAGAUCGAGCCCAUCCGGCGCAAGGGCAACUACCUGCUCUGCUCCCUGCUCCUGGGCAACGUGCUGGUCAACACUUCCCUCACCAUCCUGCUCGACAACCUCAUCGGCUCCGGCCUCAUGGCCGUGGCCUCGUCCACCAUCGGCAUCGUCAUCUUCGGCGAGAUCUUGCCCCAGUCGCUGUGCUCCCGGCACGGCCUGGCCGUCGGCGCCAACACCAUCGUCCUCACCAAGUUCUUCAUGCUCCUCACCUUCCCGCUCAGCUUCCCCAUCAGCAAACUCCUGGACUUCGUGCUCGGCCAGGAGAUCCGCACCGUUUACAACCGGGAGAAGCUCAUGGAGAUGUUGAAGGUGACCGAACCCUACAACGACCUGGUGAAAGAGGAGCUGAAUAUGAUCCAGGGGGCCCUCGAGCUCCGGACCAAGACCGUGGAGGAUAUCAUGACCCAGCUCCACGACUGCUUCAUGAUCCGCAACGACGCCAUCCUGGACUUCAACACCAUGUCGGAGAUCAUGGAGAGCGGCUACACCCGCAUCCCCGUCUUCGAGGACGAGCAGUCCAACAUCGUGGACAUUCUCUACGUCAAAGACUUGGCCUUCGUGGACCCCGAUGACUGCACACCCCUCAAGACCAUCACGCGUUUCUACAACCACCCGGUGCACUUCGUCUUCCAUGAUACCAAGUUGGAUGCUAUGUUGGAGGAGUUCAAGAAGGGGAAAUCCCAUCUGGCCAUCGUGCAGAAGGUGAACAACGAGGGUGAGGGCGACCCCUUUUACGAGGUGCUAGGCCUGGUCACUCUGGAAGACGUCAUUGAGGAGAUCAUCAAAUCUGAGAUCCUGGAUGAAUCAGAUAUGUACACUGACAACAGAAGCCGGAAGAGGGUCUCUGAGAAGAACAAACGUGACUUCUCUGCCUUCAAGGAUGCUGAUAAUGAACUUAAGGUGAAAAUUUCCCCCCAGCUGCUCCUGGCUGCACAUCGCUUCCUAGCGACAGAGGUGCCUCAGUUCAGCCCUUCUCUGAUAUCAGAGAAGAUUCUGUUGCGGCUGCUCAAGUACCCCGACGUCAUCCAGGAGCUCAAGUUUGAUGACCACAACAAGCACUAUGUCCACCACUACUUGUACACGCGGAACAAGCCAGCUGACUACUUCAUCCUCAUUUUGCAGGGCAAGGUAGAAGUGGAGGCCGGGAAGGAGAACAUGAAGUUCGAGACUGGUGCCUUCUCCUACUAUGGCACCAUGGCGCUGGCCUCAGUCCCCUCAGCACCUUCAGCCCAGGCUGGGUGUCCGCCUGGCAAGCGGAACUCCCUGCUGUCCUGGCUCUCAGACCGUUCCCCAUCCCACACCACCCCUCUCAGCCGUUCGGCCUCCCUCAGUUACCCAGACCGCACGGACAUCUCCAGCCCAGCUCCCCUGGCGGGCAGCAGCAACCAAUUUGGCAGCUCCAUCUUAGGCCAGUACAUCUCUGACUUCAGUGUCCGGGCGCUCACAGACCUCCAAUAUAUCAAGAUCACCCGGCAGCAGUACCAGAAUGGGUUGCUGGCCUCGAGAAUGGAGAACUGUCCUCAGUUGCCUCUGGACGGCUGCACCAUUUGCACAGAGAACUUGACUGAGAAGUCUGAGCUGCCUGUGGUGGAUGAGACCACGGUUCUUCUCAACGAGCGCAACUCCUUGCUGCACAAAGCCUCUCAUGAAAGUACCAUCUGACAGGAGGGCCCGGGGUCCCCCGCUCACCCUGCGGAGGCCUCCCCAGUGGGCCCAUCUAAAGAUAGGGAGCCUGUGAGGCUAGGAGGGGUGCAGACUGCCUCUCUGACAGAGCAGCUGGAGGAACUCCAGCUGGCAGGGGAUCUGGCCUCUGACAGCGACCUCUGACCUGUGGCUUGGAGGCAGUGUUGGCUAGCCCUGGACUAGACUGACUGGUGGAUGUGGGGCUAGCUGCCCGAGCAAGGUGGUUUUUUUUUUACUGAAUUUCUAAACUAGGCUCAUUGCUCCUCUUUUUAAAUAUCAUUUGGGAAAGGGAAGACAGGGCUAAGGAACUUUAUUUUGAAGAGAAAGACAUUUUAAAAGAAAAAGUGUAAAAGGGGUAUGCUUUCUCACCCUGGAAACAAUAGCCAUAAAGCUCCAGCUACAACCUCUGUUAUGUCCCUGACUCAGGGACUCCAGUUACCUCCCAGAGGCCCGAGAGGAAAGGGCCUCCUUUGGAGGAUGACUUUUCUGAGGAGGUGAAGAACCAAAUAGUGUGGGACCAGCCACCGGGUCAGUGAGGCUGGUCCUGAUGUUGCCAGGCCUGAGGGGUUAUUGUGUGUCUGGUGCUCGGAGUGCAGGAGGAGACUGUCCCAGCUGUCUGCCAGUCACUGGAUCUCAUCACUGCCUCGGACUCUGCCUGCCCACAGGCUAGACUGAGGCUGAGGCUUCUGUCUUUCGCCACAGUGCUUGGUCUCAAUUCUGCACCUUUGAACAACUUUCCCCUCUAAUGGGACUGACUCAAAGUGUUAGGUGGGGUCUUAGACCUUCAAGAUUACCCACCCUGACCCAUCAGACCCUGCGUUCUUUCUUACCAAAGGUUCCUCCUGCCCACAGUGGGGGUUUAUGUAUAUCAGAGGUGACUUAACUGGGCAUCUGUGUGGUUAGCAGUCAGUGCUACCAGGCUUUGUACCACACACUGAAAGCCUUGGUCGCUACACUAGGGAAACCUCCCCAGAUUUUCUACUUUGAGUUCAAAUCCCAUGUCUUGAGGGCUCAUGGGCCAGAAAAU